AAAACGAACCUCACGCAAUCACGUGCCAACAUGCAGUUUGCCGGCAUGGAGGUGGUCACAAAAUUGCCAAUCUGCAAACCAAAAACAACAACAAUCUAUUCCGUACACUACCAACAACAACAAUGAUGAUGAACCCGAGAGUUGUUGUCCUUGUAUCGGCUCGAACGGGAGCCUUGCGCAGCACGUCGUCACGUUGCAUGAGUUCUCUGGCUUCCAGUGGCACCUUUUUCCCGAAAACCAACACGGAUGCAUUGCUUCGAAAAAAAUCGUCCACAACCACAACAGUGUCCAACGACGCAGCAUUCGACAAGAUUGCCUUUUUGGGCGUUGGGAACAUGGCACAAGCCAUACUGAAUCCACUCAUUAGCACUGGUUUGCAACCGGCCGAUCAAAUCACAUUGAUGGAUGCCAAUCCAUCCACACUGCAACAAGUCACGGAACAGCAUCCCACCAUUCAGACAGCCGACAGCAUUGCUUCUUUGCUGCAAGAUGCCGAUUUGGUGGUCUGUGCCAUUAAGCCUCAAAAUAUUACACCCACGUUGCUGCAAGAGAUUCAAUCCACAGCACCGAAUCGACCCGAUCAUGCCACCUUUCUCAGUGUCAUUGCCGGAGUGCCCAUUGAUACGUACGUGCCCACGGGAUACGACAAGAUUGUCCGCAGCAUGCCCAAUACGCCCGCCAUGAUUGGACGAGGCAUGACUGUAUGGUGUUCCACAAACUCCUUGACGGCCACGGAACGGAAGCAAAUCGAGUCCGUGUUGCAGUGUUUGGGGGAAACGAUGUACGUCGAUGACGAGCGACAAAUAGACAUGUCCACUGCCAUUUCUGGAUCGGCGCCCGCCUACGUGUUCAUGUUGAUGGAAGACAUGAUUGAAGCUGGUGUACACAUGGGAUACCCACGGGACAAGGCCACCAAACUGGUCUAUCAAACACUGUUGGGAUCCACAUUGUAUGCCAUGGAGACGGGAGAACACCCCGCCAUCUUGAGGAAUAACGUCACCAGUCCCAAUGGCACCACGGCAUCGGCCAUUUACGAACUGGAGAAUGGCGGCUUUCGAACUGCCGUCAAGGAUGCCAUGUGGGGAUGCUACCGGCGGUCAUUGGAAAUGGGAGGCCAUGAAUCCAAUGUCGGACCCGGCAGAGCUCCGGUAUUGCCGACGGAAGAACGCAUCUUGGAACAACUGUUGGAUCCGGCCAAUCCCAACACGGAUUACAUGCUGACCAUUGAAAAGAAACCGCAGCAAAAACAGGGGGAUACUACUAGCAGUAACGAAGAAGAGCGUUGGGCAGCAUGAAGCAGGUAACAUGAUGAUGAUGAAGCAACCUGUGGAGCAGCUGUAUUACCAGCCACUUAAUAUAGCCAGUAAUAGAAAUGAGCAAUCUCUUAGUUGGUAUACAUAGCCACAUUUCGAACUCAAAGGUUCAGUAACAUAUUUAGAGCAGCCUGCUUACCGUCACAGCACCUGAGCACGUCUGUUUAUAUUCCAUGGGCAACAAGA